AUGUCCACCCUCACGCCCUUAUCUCACUUGGCUCAGUCUGAUGUCGAUAACUUCUAUAAGCUAUCUCCAGAGGAGCGAAAGUUCUUCAUGGCUCAGACAGGCAUCGGGGAUGAUGCUGAGCUUAAACAGCAUAUCGUCUCGGUUGCAGACGAAGCUUUCGGGAUCUACCCAUACGAGACCAUUCGCGUGUUCGCAUUUACUAGACUAGUCAUCUCCAAGUUUCCAGCCUAUCAGGAUGUGAAGAGGCUAGGGACUGAGCGUCCUGGAGCCUUGUUCCUCGAUCUUGGUUGUUGCUUCGGGAACGAUAUUAGGAUGCUGGUUUCCGAAGGGUUUCCUCCGGAGCAAUGUAUCGCUUCCGACAUUAAACCAGAAUUCUGGGAUUUGGGUCAUAAACUGUUCAGGUCCACUCCUAGAUCUUUCCCCGUACAUUUCAUCGGCGGAGACGUUCUCGACCCAGCGAACCUUUCUAUCCAUCCAUUCAAUUCUGGGAACGGAGAAGUCGAUAAAUUCUCGCCUGUCUCCAAAGCUUCCUCGCUGAAUGAUCUUAAAGGUCAACUCUCCGCCAUUCAUGUCUCGAGUCUCUUCCACCUCUUCACCGAACCCCAACAACUCCACCUCGCACGUGCUCUCGCAGGCCUCCUCGUCCCCAAACCCGGAUGCGUAAUCUUCGGUAUGCACCCCGCCAAGAAAGUGAAAGGCGUGUACACCGGCAUGCCUCCCAAUAACCACACCAUAUUCUCCCAUUCACCUGAGAGUUGGAUGCAGAUGUGGGAGGAGAAAGUUUUUGGACCUGGGUCUGGGAAUGAUGGCGCGGUGAUAAAAGUACAUGCGAAGUUGUUUGAGAUUCCGAGAGGGAUGGUGAGGUAUAAGGUGGAUGAUGAUGGUGGUGCUUUAUAUAUGAUGGCGUGGUCGGUUCGGGUUGUAUCGUGUUAG